CAUCUAUGGAUGUUCUGUGAAAUAUAUUUUGAAGUCCUACUUGAUUACAGCUAUUAUAGAUCUAUGACAGCGAAAUUUAAAUGUCAUUAAUGUUUACAUGCCAAGUUAAGUUCAGUGAAGUGGUAAUAUUGGAACAAAUUCAGAUAAAUCGAGUGAAAUUGACAUGAUUUUCUAUUUGGAAUAUUGAUAUCGAUAUGUAUGGACAAAUUCAUCUGUGUGUACGUGAACUCGUUCUUGAGAAGUUUGGACAAGAAGCAUGGGACAAAAUCAUCGAACAGAGUGAUUUGAAUGAUGAACAUGACUUUAUGGUAUUUCAUAAAUACUCAGAUGAAUGUACAUUUGGAUUGAUUGGGGCUGUUUGUAAGGUAUCAGGUUUGCCUUUAGCUGAUGUGUUAGAGGUAUUCGGGGAAUAUUUCCUUACGUACUGUAUGCGACAUGGGUAUGAUAAAAUGCUGAGGACACUUGGAGGAGAUUUCAUAUCAUUCGUUCAAAAUCUGGACUCACUUCAUGCAUUGUUGUCUAUGACUUACAAAAAUAUAUCAGCACCAUCUUUCAGGUGUGAAAGAGAAACUGAUGGUUCUGUUACGCUUCACUACUACACGAUAAGGCCAGGACUAUAUCCUAUUGUCUUAGGAUUAGUAAAAGCUGUCGCCCGAGAUUUGUAUCACCAGGCUGCCUCGGUUAAGUUUCUGAGUAAAUCACAACAUAUUAUUGAAGGAGGAAAAACUCAAGAACAUGUGAUAUUUAAAGUACAAUUAGUGGAUGUCAAAGACCAAAAAAAGCAAUUAUCAGUUCGAAAUUUGGAAGUUUUCAAACCAGCAGUUCGGGAAGGAUUCCAGAUUAGUGCUGAUCAAUUUUGUCAUGCUUUUCCAUAUCAUAUCAUUUUUAAUGAACGUCUAGAAAUUCAACAGUGCGGACGAAUGAUUCAAAGAGUGUUGAACUGUCCAAUUUGUGUUGGAAUGAAAAUGUCAGAAUUAUUUGACAUUAUACAUCCAAUAAUGAAGUUCACAAUAGAAAAUAUCCGAACUUUUAUAAAUUCUGUAUUUAUGCUAGGAGUGCGUAUCCGUAAAAAUGGACAUAGAUUCACAUUAAAAGGGCAGAUGAUAUGGUUAGAAGAUAUAAAACAUAUGAUAUUUAUCAGUUCUCCGAGAAUUUCAAGCCUAACAGAGUUAAUGGAAAUGAAUGUAUUCUUGUCGGACAUACCUCUUUAUGACGUCACACGAGAAUUAGUAUUGCUGAAUCAACAGAGAAUUGCAGAAAUCGACGUUGCAAAACAACUUGACGAGACUACAGCAAAACUAAAACUGACUUCAAAAGCACUCGAAAACGAACAGAAGAAAACAGAGGAACUACUAUCACAAAUGUUACCAAAGAAGAUUGCAGAUGAUUUAAAAAAUGGUAGACAAGUAAAAGCAGAAAAGUUUGAAACUGCCACUAUCCUUUUUACUGAUAUUGUGACGUUUACAAAUAUUGCAUCAGCAUGUCCUCCGAUGGAUAUUGUGAAUCUUCUAAAUGAAUUAUAUAACAGAUUUGACCAGAAGACCAAUGACUAUGAAGUCUACAAGGUUGAGACGAUUGGUGAUGCUUACAUGGUGGUAAGUGGUGUUCCUACCAAAACUGACAAACAUGCGCAACCAGUUGCAGACUUUGCUAUGGAAAUAGUGGAGGAAGCAUCUAAAGUCCGUUCGCCUAUUACUGGGAAGCCAAUACAGAUUAGAGUAGGGAUUCACAGUGGUCCUGUAGUAGCUGGGGUGGUUGGUAAGAAGAUGCCUCGAUACUGUUUGUUUGGAGACACUGUGAACACUGCAUCUAGAAUGGAAAGCCAUGGGGUACCAGGAAGAAUUCAUAUGAGUGGAAGUACCGCCAAAGUUUUAAUGAACGACGACAAAAGUGAUUAUAUUCUAAGAGACAGAGGUGUAAUUGAAGUGAAAGGAAAAGGCUCUAUGAACACGUAUAUAUUGGUUGGAAAAGGGAUCAAAACGUUACAUGAACCAAAUGACAGUUUCAAUGACCUUCCAAUUGCAAUGACCAAAUCAAAAACAAAUGACAAAAAGCAACCAAUCAAAAUUACAGAUACAAAUAGUAAUAACACUAAGCAAACGAAAUCAAAAAUUAGCAAGAGCUCUACUUGUGUUUUAUUUUGAUAUGCAUGAAUACCUUUUGUAACUUUUAUUCUAUUAAACACACUCUUUUAAAGA